AAAAAAGAAACCCUCUCUCACACGUGGCUCUCCGCUCCUUAGCUUAAACCCUCUUUUCAUCUGUAUAUAUAACCGCUCCCCUUUCUCCACUGUCUCUCACAUACUCGCAAAAAAACCUCCAUCCAUUUUCUCCUUUCUAGACCCUUCUUCUUCGUUAUCUCCGUCCUCACACUUUUCCAAUGGCUGGUGGAAAGAUUAAGAUCGGAAUCAACGGGUUCGGCCGUAUUGGUCGUUUGGUUGCUAGGGUUGCUCUCAAGAGGGACGAUGUUGAGCUCGUUGCUGUGAACGAUCCGUUCAUCCCUACUGACUACAUGACCUACAUGUUCAAGUAUGAUACCGUCCAUGGUGGGUGGAAGCACUCUGAUGUGAAGGUGAAGGAUGAGUCCACCCUUCUCUUCGGCGACAAGGAAGUUAAGGUUUUCGGUCUCAGGAACCCGGAGGAGAUCCCAUGGGCAUCUGUUGGUGCUGACUUCGUUGUUGAGUCCACUGGUGUCUUCACUGACAAGGACAAAGCUGCUGCUCACUUGAAGGGUGGUGCCAAGAAGGUUAUCAUCUCUGCCCCAAGCAAAGAUGCACCUAUGUUCGUUGUUGGUGUCAACGAGAAGGAAUACAAGCCCGAGCUUAACAUUGUCUCUAAUGCUAGCUGCACAACCAACUGCCUUGCUCCCUUGGCCAAGGUUAUCAACGACAGGUUCGGAAUCGUUGAGGGACUCAUGACCACCGUCCAUGCCAUUACUGCCACCCAAAAGACCGUUGAUGGUCCAUCAAACAAGGACUGGAGGGGUGGAAGAGCUGCUUCCUUCAACAUCAUUCCCAGCAGCACUGGAGCUGCCAAGGCUGUUGGCAAGGUUCUCCCAGAACUGAAUGGAAAGUUGACUGGUAUGGCCUUCCGUGUCCCAACUGCUGAUGUCUCAGUGGUCGACCUGACUGUCAAAAUUGCAAAGGCAGCAACAUACGAGCAAAUCAAGGCUGCCAUCAAGGAGGAGUCUGAGGGUAAUCUCAAGGGCAUCUUGGGAUACGUUGAUGAGGAUGUUGUGUCUGCUGAUUUCCUCGGUGACAGCAGGUCAAGCAUCUUUGAUGCCAAGGCCGGAAUUGCAUUGAACGACAACUUUGUCAAGCUCGUGUCGUGGUAUGACAACGAGUGGGGCUACAGCACCCGUGUUGUUGACCUGAUCUGCCACAUCGCCAAGACCGUGUAAAUUGGGAGAUAAGAGAUCAAGGAAGGAUUGGAAUGGAAGGGCUGAGCUCCUGUUGAUUUUCUUUUUUCAUGUUGAUGAGGGUGGUGGGUUGUUGAUGUGGUUUUCUUUUUCCCAGAGUUUUAGAGAUACAGUUGGGUAUCAUAUCAUAGCUGUUUCGGGAGGAACCCUUUUGACUAUGGAAUAAGGAUUUAGUUGAAUUCUGAAUUUUGACUUUGCUGGUACCAGUAUAAAUGUUUAUGGUUAUGGUUCUGGUUCAUGUAUCAGAUAAAAGCUUUGUUAAUCAAAGCUCAGCAGGGAAGUGUCUUCGUUUUCAUGGCAAAGCUUUCACUGCCAUUGAGGUUUCCUGGUUUUACUGGCUUGGUCUAUAGAGGGGUGCAUUUGGUUGUUGGUCGUUUUGUUAUUUAGUGACGGCCUUAUAUGUUAUCGAAUACUCGUCAUUGUGAAAUAGUGAAAUGGACGUUUGGCUCCAAGCCAAAACUACCUCGGUAGUCGGUAGAGGUGUUUAAUUUGGAUAUCAUCGAGGUAUGUGUUGUAUUGAAUUGAUCGACUAGUCGACGUUGUCAAUUAUCUGUCGGUUUCUGUAACCCAAUUUAUGGGCCGGAAGGAUAACGUAACACAGGUAUGGUUCUUCAAUGUUGGCCUGAAAAUCUC